CAUUAUAUUAGCGUGCUGUUGUGCAACACCAACAAGAGACAUUUCCGGGCGGGAGCAGAGAUCGGAUGGACGGCCGGCCAGAUGAAGAAUUUUUUCAUGGUUGCUUUGGACGAGAAGAAUGAGGAAGCAAAAUUUUCACUAUUCUUGAAAGUUAUCGCAAUGCGGUAUCAAGUUUAUUGUAUGUACGGAUACGGAACGCUUAAGAUACCUCGUGUUGCUGUUAUUCAAGUUGAGCCGUGCAUACCGGUACAAAAGACAAUAUCAACGAGUACUCUCCGAGAAAUGAGCGAAAUCGCGAGACAGCGAACGAAGGCUGCAUGGACAGAUGCCAAGCUCGCAGCCUGCAGGGCGUCCUGUUGACUCUUGAUGAUCGAUGUUUUGGUCCGAGGCGCCUACACGAUAUGGGAGUCCGAGUCAAUGACAACGGUCUUUUGGUGUCUCCUCAGGUGUCGUUGGCAGACACGGAUGGCAAUACCGGCUGUGUCAAGAAAGGUUGCUCCACCUCCCCGCCUCCUGUGACCCGAGCUCCCAAGAUGUUGGUUUCAGGUCCGCGAGGCAAGAAAGCGCCUUCUCAAGCUCACUGCCGAAAUCGCAAAGAUCGGCAUCAACAGGUCCCUGCCGACCUGAGGAACCCGAAGGCUGUUGCAGGUGUUGUGUGUCCUCGGGCAGAGAGCCAACGGCCGUCCCAGCAGUUUGGGACCACCACCCGGGGCCGCCGACAGCAAGAACAAGCCACAGGUGUGAAAAAAAAGAAGAAAAAAACCGGUCUGCAACUUUACCCCUGCUGGAAAGGGCGGCCUCUACUUUACCAUUGGCUGGCAUCUGGUCGACGGGCGGAGACCAAUGCCACAUCCAUCUGGCAGAUGCGUGGCACAGCCAGGUCUUGGCUCCAGUUCGUGCCGUGAUUGGCGCUGUUCACGGCACAGUCAAGGCGAUCUGGAGUUCUGGUCAACGACAUGCGACAAACCCCGGGAUCUAGCAAACUGCAAUGCACGCGGUCGGCGUCCAGAACGUUGCACCCUUCCGCAGCUUGAGUUGUUUCCUGCAGUUGUGAAGCGGGCAUGGCUGGAAGGCCCACGGUAUGGCCGUUGUUGUAUCACCGUAGAUGCACGCGACACGUGGAUUUCGGUGUGUCAGAUCUGAAAUGUCUUGACUGCCUCGCUGCGCUGUCAGUGAUGCAGUCUAGGACUACAUAUACAGAGUCGUUGCAUGCACCACGUCGCUCAGGGACACAUGCACAUCGGUCGGUGCCGACCUUGGGCAAGCCACGCUGAGCGAUACAGCUGGGCCA